UUUAGGUAUAAAUCAUCCAAAUUUGCCUAAAGCAGGGUUAGGGUAAGAUACACUCCAACCGUACAUAUCAUCACCUUCAGUAUGGUGACAUUUGUCAAAAGCUUUCAAGGGAUACAUAUUUUCAACAAAAGUGAAACCUGCUACCGCAUGAAACCCCACCCGUGGAAACUUCUUCAACAAAAACGGGAGUGCAAUUACAGUCUUUCCCAUUUGUAAUGGGAACGUGGAGCAAACGUUUGCGAUUUCAACUAAUAGUAUUUACUGUGACUACCUUCGUGAUGCCAAACAAAUAUCUUCAAACCUUAUCGUCAGCAAUAGUUAUUCCUCCUGUUGGACAUUCAUCAAAUACGUCAAAUAAUACAUAUAGCUGGAAUAUAUUGAAAGCAAAGUGUCGAUUUGGCUCGUUUCAGUCCGAUGGUUCUUGCAUAUGUAGGAGCGCCGACUGUGCAGGCUUUGGAAAAAACACUAACCUGUGUAUGUCGCGAGAUAGCGGAAAUCACUGGGAUUUUCCUAAUGCCUGCUACAUGCUCGAACAUGCUUGCAAUUCCAGAAAAAAGAGAUUGUUUUACUGGAAAGGACAUUGCAAUACUACCGCAGGUGAACCACGAGAUGCAUCGGGCGAGUUUUGUGAAGGAGAUGACGUAUUUUACUGUAAAAAUGAUGGGAUAUGUAAAUACGUAAAUCCUUCAAAGGAGCGACGAUGUCUAUGCAAAACUGGUUAUCGAGGAGAAAAAUGUGAGAAGAAAUUAUUGUCAAGGCGGAAAAGGUAUCACAAAAAGAACUUUUUGAGAUUAUUACAAAGAAAAAAAGCUCAUUUCAUGAUGAAUCGUAUGUUCCGAUUCAGAACUAGACGCUCAGCUCCAGAGACAUUACAAGAUGGUCAUUCUAAUAAUACACCAAACAUCACGUAGGCGAAAAUUCCGCUGACAUCUAGAGACAGAUAAGAAGUAAUUGGAGUCGCCCGGACAAAGGAAAGUACUCUUCAUGACACCGCGAGCAAUUCAAGUUAGUGGUGUAUGCAUUUGUGAUUGAAAGAUGAGUUACGGACAAUCCAACAUACACUGUGCCCCUUAUUUAUAAGUAUUUAUUGCUUAGCUCUGCCAAGCGAAUAAUCAUUCUGACAUUUUUGUGUUUUUAAAUUGAAUUAAGUUACCGCAAAGUACAGUGGAAUUGAAAUGCAAAGUAUAUAUAUGAUACAAAAUCGAAGUGCUUAUUCCAAGGUUUACAAAACCGAUAAAAGAAAUUGUCGCGGGCGUUGCCGGUAGAGAGGAGAAUUAUCUCGCCUCGGGCGAGAAGUAGAAACAAGUAAUUGUGCGAUUUCUAACUUUAUUCGCGAAUAAGAUCUAAAUACUUUUGGAGAAAUGAUAUGGAUACGUCUGCGAAAGAAAACAUUUUAAAGAAUGCAUUCGGCAUAACGAAGGCAGGAUUUCUAUACAAGCUUUAGUUACAAUGUCUUUAGUUCUUUUUAAGGGCGAUACUAUUUGUUGUUUCCAAUCAAUACAAUUUGUAGGCUCGAAUGCACGUAACAAUGUAAGAUAUUUGAACCAUUUUUCGCAGCUGUGAUACAUAAGAAUAUGGGUUGAAUGGAUGCUGUGCAAAUUCUAAUGAUGUAAUUAUCCGUAAAAUGCAACACGUCUCGGAACUAGAAUAAUGUACCCUAGGGCUAACUUAUAUUUGAGAACGCGUAACGCCAGUUUGAAGUCAUCAAACUAAUAUAGAAGUCGAUAAUAUGAUGUUAUGGCACAAACAUGAAUUUGAAAUGAAUCCCCAGCCAUUACCUGCCGAUAUCGUGGCACUGGGACUAUUUUGUCAACAUUGACCAGGUAGGCUAUACAAACAAAAAUAUCGCCAGAGUUCAAAUAAAAUCAAAGAACAAUUAAAUUUGGACGUAUGAGAAUGUGAUGAAAAGUCACCCAAGAUAUCAGUAAUUGAAUUGAGCAUGAGAAAAUGAAAUAACCACAAAUUAAUGCGAAAGCGUGAGUGUACAUCCGUUUGUUGGUAUAACAGCGACUGCAAGCCGAUCAUUUUGGUACGGAAUGUACAAUUAGGAUGUGAAAUAUUUAUGAAACUUUUUCACUUUCUUGUCGACAAUCAAAGUGAAUUUCGUAAUUCUCGGUUCAACAUGGUCGACGAUCGAAGUGAAUUUUGUAAUUUCUCGGUUCAAAUUUUACGUGUAUCUAAAAUCCAAUAUGGCAGUAAGCUGAAUAAAUGACUUCGGAAUUACCUAACUUGAAGUAUAGGCAACAGAACUCUAGUCUGGCCUAACUCUGGUUCUGGCCUUGCGUCGAGAAUGGAUCACUUGCUGUUCUUCCAUAAAGGACCGGAUUUACCAUUGGGCAAGGCAUAUGGUGAAGCCAAGAGGCCUCGGCAUUCAGUAUGAAACAGUAAUUCAUUUCAAAGUUGUUUCUACAUUUUUGGUAUUUUAAUUUUGACUUGUUCCAGAAUGAAAACGCUUCAAAUUUCAUAAAACCUGAUAUCAAUUUAACUUUUUAAUCGGGUUUAAUUAACAAUUCUUGUCCCCAAUAUUAACCCUAAAUAGAUUAAAAUAUUAAAUACGGUCAAAUUAAUUAAUUUGUCAAAAAUUUGAAAACUCUACCCCGUCAACCUUAAAAAUAAAAUAUACUAAAAUAAAUGAAUUGAACAGUUUUUACGUUAAUAAUUUUUUUUAUUAAAAAAAAGAGAAAAUAUCGAUAUAUAACUAUACUAGUGUAUCUAAACAAGGAUGCGCCAAGUUUUUUAUGCCAGGGCCGCAUUCAGAAUUUUUUUUGCAAAGGACCACAUAGAGAAAUUGAUUGUGAUGUCACAGUUGCUAUUCCCAUUCGCUAUGGCAGUGUCGAAUUUAAUAAUGGCUGAUGUUGUUGAACCGGAGACGAAAAACAUUGAUAGUAUUUUAACAAUUCACAGUUUAUAUAUUUUAAAUAAACUAUAAAAAUAAAUUUAAGUUGUGUAUGUAGUUGUAAGACAUUUUCACAACUUUUUCCAAAACCACGGGCUGCACAAAAUGCUUUGGCGGGACACAUGCUGCCUAAGGGCCGUUGUUUGCCCAUCUCUGAUCUAAACAAUAAUCUUUCGCGACUAGAAACGAGUAUUAUGACGUUAAAGUUUCUGUUGCCAUGACAUUUUUAUUACAGUCCUGAGUUUUUAUUAAACUCAUCUUACUAUCCGUCAUAUUAUCUGAAUUCUUAUAGUUUGUGCAAUUUUAAAUGUUAUUUAUGAUUAUUUACUUUACAUAGCAGGAAAAGCCUAUUAUG